AAGUAAUGAUGACGACGAAUUUACUCUGCGAAACAUGGAUUGUGGCGACAUGAGUUUGUUUUGUGAUUUUUUCGUAUGUCUAAUGGUUAUUUGUGUUUUUUUGAGCACGAUGAGUGUCAGUAAUCGCGCUGCUGUAAUCGCUGUGUUAUUAAUUAUAUUGACGGCUGAUCUCGGUCGGUUUGCGGCAGCGGAUGAUCAGACACACAGCAAAAACGAUGAAGAAUCUGCCAAAAAUAAAGGUGACAACGAUUUACAGAAUCAAAAUAAUAUUGAUGGACACGGAGAACAGCUGAGCAGGGUAAAUGACACAGAAAGCUCCAGCAAUGACACUGUUCAACCCACCACACCUGUGCCCAAGCCCACGACCCCUGAGCCUCCAAAAAAUGAGCCCAUCCUGCCGGUGCAUACGGGGGUCAAGGCCCAGGAGGAGGAGCAGUCCAGCGGGAUGAGCAUUUUCUUCAGUCUGCUGGUCAUUGGUAUUUGUAUUAUACUGGUGCACCUGCUGAUCAAAUUCAAGCUGCAUUUUUUGCCAGAGAGUGUGGCUGUGGUUUCACUGGGGAUUCUGAUGGGAGCGUUCAUCAAGAUCAUCGAGUCGCAGCAGUUGGCCAACUGGAAGGAAGAAGAGAUGUUUCGUCCCAAUAUGUUUUUCCUAUUACUUCUACCGCCAAUCAUUUUUGAGUCUGGAUACUCAUUACAUAAGGGUAAUUUCUUCCAAAACAUAGGCUCGAUCACGUUAUUCGCCGUCUUUGGGACAGCGAUUUCAGCCUUCAUCGUGGGUGGGGGAAUCUAUUUCCUGGGCCAGGCUGAUGUUAUUUACAAGAUGACAAUGACAGACAGUUUUGCCUUUGGGUCUCUGAUCUCCGCUGUGGAUCCAGUUGCCACUAUCGCCAUAUUCAACGCUCUGAACGUGGAUCCUGUGCUCAAUAUGCUGGUGUUUGGAGAGAGCAUCCUAAACGACGCAGUGUCCAUUGUAUUAACAAAUACAGCGGAGGGCUUUGCGGGCUCAGAUGUCUCUACGGGCUGGGAAACCUUCAUGCAGGCGCUCGGCUACUUCCUGAAGAUGUUCUUUGGGUCAGCCGCUUUGGGCACGCUCACUGGUCUCAUCUCUGCUAUUGUUUUAAAACACUUUGACCUGAGGAAGACUCCGUCACUGGAGUUUGGGAUGAUGAUUAUAUUUGCAUACCUGCCGUAUGGUCUUGCUGAGGGCAUCAAACUCUCCGGUAUCAUGGCCAUUCUGUUCUCCGGUAUUGUCAUGUCUCAUUAUACUCAUCAUAAUUUAUCGCCAGUCACCCAGAUUCUCAUGCAGCAGACUCUACGAACCGUGGCCUUCAUGUGCGAAACAUGUGUGUUCGCAUUCCUGGGGUUGUCUAUCUUCAGUUUCCCUCACAAGUUCGAGCUGUCUUUUGUCAUCUGGUGUAUAGUUCUGGUUCUUGUGGGUCGGGCUGUGAAUAUCUUCCCCCUCUCUUUUCUGCUUAACUUCUUCAGAGAUCAUAAAAUCACACCCAAAAUGAUGUUCAUCAUGUGGUUCAGUGGUCUGCGGGGUGCGAUCCCCUAUGCCCUCAGUCUUCAUCUGGGUCUGGAGCCCAUAGAGAAGAGGCAGCUGAUCGGCACCACCACCAUAGUCAUCGUGCUCUUCACCAUCCUGCUGCUGGGAGGCGGAACCAUGCCCCUCAUUCGCAUCAUGGACAUUGAGGAGAGCCAAUCACGGCGCAAGAACAAAAAAGACGUCAAUUUGAGCAAAACUGAGAAAAUGGGUAACGCCAUUGAAUCAGAGCAUUUGUCAGAGCUGACGGAGGAAGAGUAUGAAGCUCAGAUUUUUCAGAGGCAGGAUUUGAAGGGUUUCCUGUGGCUUGAUGCCAAAUAUCUGAACCCUUUCUUCACCCGUAGACUCACACAAGAGGACCUGCUGCAUGGGCGGAUCCAAAUGAAGACACUUACUAAUAAGUGGUAUGAGGAGGUGCGUCAGGGUCCGUCCGGCUCUGAGGAUGAGGACGAUGAGGCAGAACUGCUCUGAGACAAUCAUGUGAGGAAAACUUGGAUGAGCUGUUCUCACAUCAUGUGACAUGAAGUAUACGGACUGUACAGCACUACGAUGGAUUCGCGCAGAGCUCCAUAACUGGAGUGCUUCACAGCUAAAUGAGGAAACAAACAGGAAUUUGUGGUACAAAGAGCCUGGGUUUGUUUCUGGUACUAAUCAGACUCUAGAAGGAAAAA